AUGAAACCAAGAACUAAUGGGACUUCUAGAGGUCAGAAGGCACAAAAUUUUCAGGGUGAGAGACCAAAUUGGAUUCUUAUUGCAGGUGGUGCCUUGUUAAGUACAUUGUCAAUUCGCCUUGGUUACAAGCUCAAGCAGACACUUGACUCAAAACAACAGGCAAAUGCUAGUAAUGGCCUGAAAGGGAACGUGAAAUCAUCUGACAGGAGGAGGUCACCAGGUUGCAAUAUGCAUUCGAACUUGUAUUCCUUUACACAAGAUGAUGAUGGUUGCUUCAACUGCAUUUCAGGGACUGAAGGCAUUCCAGAUGUGAAGCACCAGUCCAAUGACCAGAUAAUAUCUGAAUCAGACGUUGCUCUACCUUUGGUGACGGUUCCUGCUGCAGAAUUCACCAAGGACAAUGGUGUUAUGUGGAUAUCAUCUCCUGAUCGCCUUGAGUUGCCUCCAAAGCCAUUCCACCAUUCAAACUGCUCUGACUCACCAUGUGUCUCAGACUCUGGUUCUGACAUCUUCAGCAAACGAGAAGUUAUACAGAAGCUGAGGCAGCAAUUGAAGAGGAGAGACGAUAUGAUACUGGAGAUGCAGGAUCAGAUUCUGGAAUUACAGAAUUCACUCAAUGCUCAGCUGACACUUUCUUCAAAUUUGCAAUCACAGGUUGAUGCAGCCAACAGGGAUUUGUUUGAUUCUGAAAGGGAAAUCCAGAGGCUGAGGAAGGCAAUUGCUGAUCACUGUGUGAAUCAUGUGGGCGCCAGUGACAAACCAUCAGCAGCUACAACAUGGCCAUCUGAGGCAAGAAAUGGUCAUGCAAAUGGGUAUCUUGAGAGGGACAGCAAUUUUGAGUCAUUGGAAAAGGGAAGGGGAGAUGGCGAGAGGAUUGAGAUGCUGAAGAGGGAAGUAGGUGAGUUGAAGGAAGUGAUAGAAGGGAAAGAGUACUUGUUGCAGAGCUACAAGGAGCAUAAGUCAGAGCUUUCCUUGAAGAUUAAGGAACUGCAGCACAGAUUGGAUUCGCAGCUCCCUAAUAUUUUGUAG